CCCCGCCGCCUGCGCAGCCUCCGCCUGUUCUGCUGCUGCUGCCUCACUCGCCCUCUCUCGUCCCACCACCACGACCGUCCCUAAUCCACCACAGCAUACUGUUCCCGCCGACGCAACUCCUAUCUCUCUAGCCGUGAGAGCAGCCACACACGCCCCGCCAUGGAGGAAGGCUUCCACUGCAACGUGCUGCGCUGCCGGCGCCGCCUCGACCUUGAGGGCAAGGCCGUCGUCACGACGUGCUGCCAUAUCUUCUGCGUGCAGUGCGCCACCGACCUCUUCACGGCGGCGCGCGUCUGCCCCGCGUGCGGCGCGAGCCUCGCCGAGCCCGACGACGUCGUCGUCUCGAGCCUCGCACCGAGUGCCGACUACCGCUCGAGCGUGCUCGCUGGCCUGGCGCCGCCGAUCAUCAUGGAGAUCUGCACUCGCGCGAUGAGGUACCAACCGGCACACGUUGCUCGCUGGGCACGGCGGCUGACCCCCGCACGCAGCUUCUACCAGUACCAAACGACACAGGAGGCCGCGUUCCAGGCAUUGCUCCUGCGCAAUGUCCAAGAGCGCAACGCGGUGCUGGAGAAGCGCGUCCACAACAUCAUUCUGGAAGCAAACACGGAGGUGGCGCAUCUCAACGACCGUCUAGCGCGCGCAGAGGCCGAUGCCAAGGUGGAGCGGCGCAAGCGACAGGAGCUCGGCGACUCUCUCCGCACGGCGAACAAGGAGUACGCUCGACUCAAGACGCAGCACGAGGCACAGCUUCGGCAGGACGUCCGUACCCGGCCUGGACUCGGAGGCAAGCCGUACUCCGCGGCUGCAGAGCUCGCCGCCGCGGCGGCACCGCAGGUCAGCGCGCUCUCCGCGUCUCAGGCGCCGUUCUACUCGACGCGUGUGCGUCUUGGCUUCAGAUGCACCUAGCCAUUGCUGGGCUUCGCUCUUUCGCUGACGCAUCGACGGCAGCCCCAGGAUCCCGCCAAGGCCACGCCUCAGAACGUCGCACCGUUCUGGCACGCGCAGGCCGCGGCGGCCGGCAUGAGCAACGCCGGCGCGGCGCUGCGCAAGACGCGUUCGCCGCAGCUGAGCGUGUCAUCGACCGGCUCUG